GACAGGUACGGACCUGUCAGCAUGACACGCCACGUGGGCUCGCCUUUGUCCGUGGCUGCAGUUCCUGUCAGCUUUUCGGGGCAGGGCUGUGCCAUCUUCUCCUUGCAGUCCGGUGCUGGGGGCACAGAGCUGGACCAUGGCCACCAGUGAGCGUACCUUCAUUGCCAUCAAGCCUGAUGGCGUCCAGCGGGGGCUCGUGGGUGAGAUCAUCAAGCGCUUCGAACAGAAGGGGUUCCGCCUCGUUGGCUUGAAGCUUAUGCAGGCUUCAGAGAACCUUCUCAAGGAGCACUACAUCGACCUGAAGGACCGCCCCUUCUUCUCUGGCCUGGUGAAAUACAUGCACUCAGGACCAGUGGUUGCUAUGGUCUGGGAGGGGCUGAAUGUUGUGAAGACGGGCCGGGUGAUGCUAGGGGAGACCAACCCCGCAGACUCCAAGCCUGGGACCAUCCGAGGAGACUUCUGCAUCCAAGUUGGCAGGAACAUCAUCCACGGCAGCGAUUCUGUGGAGAGUGCAGAGAAGGAGAUCGGCUUGUGGUUUCAGCCGGAGGAGCUGGUGGAUUACAAGAGCUGUGCUCAGAGCUGGAUCUAUGAGUGACAGGAGGGCACCUGCUUUUCUGCCUACUUACCUCUGCUCUCACGGGCUGGGGACCAGUAACUCUAGAUAUUUCUGGAACUUCCUUUGACCUGGAAGGAACCUCUGGGAGCAGUGACUUCCUGUGCAGUGUUAAGUGCUAGUGGUGGAUUAAAAUGUUUCACCUCCA